GGAAGAUUAUAUAUGUUUUGCAUAGUGAGUAGUACUUUUAGUAUCCCGUGCAGCCGAUGAGAUUCUAAGAACCUCAGGUAUUCUACUUGUUUAUAAUACUCCAGCAAAGAAGAUGGCAAUCUCUAGCACCGAUGAUUUUCAGACCACAAUUCAGAAAAGUUAUGACAAAAUGAGUGAGUUAAAAGCCUUUGAUGAUACAAAGGCAGGUGUCAAAGGGCUUGUUGAUGCUGGAAUCACUAAGGUGCCUCGAAUAUUCAUGCUACCACCAAAAGACAGACCGGAGUCCUCGGAUACAUGUGAAACACAGUUCAUUUUUCCAGUGAUAGACCUUGAAGGCAUUGCUAAGGAUCCAAUCAAGCAUAAAGAGAUUGUGGACAAAGUUCGAGAUGCGUCAGAGACAUGGGGUUUCUUCCAAGUGGUUAAUCAUGGCAUUCCAGUAUCUAUCCUGGAAGAAAUGUUGCGAGGAGCAAGAAGAUUUUUCGAGCAAGAUGUGGAGAUAAAGAAACAAUAUUAUACUCGAGAUACUACGAAGAAAGUUGCACAUGUUAUCAAUUUUGAUUUGUUUAACCCCUCUGUUCCAGCAGCAAGCUGGAGAGACUCACUUUUCUGCUUUAUGUGUCCUAAUCCUCCUAGUCCAGAGGAAUUUCCAACAGCAUGCAGGGAGAUUUUGAUUGAAUUCUCUAAGAAGAUGAUGAAAUUGGGCUACUCAUUAUUCGAAUUAUUGUCCGAGGGUCUCGGUCUCAAUCCUUGUCAUCUUAAAGAUUUGAACUGUGCUGAGGGGCUAUCUAUUGCCCAACAUUACUAUCCAGCAUGUCCUCAGCCAGAACUCACCAUAGGCACCAGACAGCAUUCGGACUGUGUUUUUAUCACAGUGCUUCUACAAGAUGAUAUAGGAGGUCUCCAAGUCCGUCACCAAAAUCAGUGGAUUGAUGUUCCUCCUACACCUGGUGCUCUAGUGGUGAAUAUUGGAGAUCUGUUACAGCUCAUAUCAAAUGACAAGUAUAUAAGUGUUGAGCACAGAGUAUUGUCAAACAAAGUAGGUCCAAGAAUAUCAGUGCCAUGUUUCUUCAGCACUGGUGCGUUUCCCUCUCCAAGGAUUUACGGACCAAUUAAGGAAUUGUUAUCAGAAUGUAAUCCGCCAAGGUAUCGUGCAACCACAGUGAAGGAAUAUACAGACUACUUCCGCAAGAAAGGCUUUGAUGGAACUUCUACACUGCUGGACUACAAGAUCCUAUCCUAAAAUUGGAGUAAUUUAGUGUAAUGCAUAUCAAAGCUGUGAAAUUGAACAUGUGAUGUACAAUUAGCUAAUAAGAUAUUCUGUAGCAAGUGGAAUUCACAUCAGGCUUUGAUGAUCGCCUGAUAUUGGAUUCCAUCUAUUUCUUUCGAGAUUGAAUUCAG